AUGCCCGACCGCGUACAGUCAGCAUCAGGUGACCCGCACGAAAUCUCCUCCCUCCUGUUGUCGCCGUCCUCUGAGAGCACCAGGUUUCCCCGAGCGAGUCGCGCAACUCGGUCCCCUCUAUCGUCCCUAUCCAUCCACGUCGCCCACCCCCAUUCGCGUCGCAUUUGGCGUCGACUGCUUACCCAGUCUGGGCGCCUUCCGACGCUUAAUUCGCGUUCCUCGAUUCCCCUUUCUUUACACCAUUCAUCAACCCCGGUACCCGCCCCCCAUACUCCAUCGAUCGCAUCCUCGGAGCUCCGACCACGGGCCCCAAACAUCACGCCUCCCAUCGCCAAGAGUCCCGACAAACACCUUUUGGUCGCCUCUACCAUCCGCGGGCCAUCCCCCGUCGCGCUCGUCGCCUUCCCCAUCGCGCCUCCCUCCCCCUUCACUUCCGGACGCGACCGGGCGUUUGUCGAGUGGAGCCUGUGA